GAAUUAUUUAAAGAUUUUAUUGAUGCUGCCGAAUGGGCUGCAAUCAUAGAAGAAUGUGAUCCUGAAUUUCAACCUCCUGAAGGGGAACUUCAUGGAUUACGUAAUAUCCACAUAUUUGGACUAGCUAAUGUUUUAAAACGUCCUAUUAUACUUCUUGAUUCUCUUGAAUGUAUGAAAAAGUGCGGUGAUUAUUCAGCUCUUUUUCUUCCUGGAUUUUGUGAACCAUGUCGAGGGAAAGAUAAUGCAUUAAAUAAACCUAUAUGUAUUGCAUGGAGUAGUUACAGUCAUAAUCAUUAUAUUCCACUUGUUGGAGUGCAAGGAAAACCUCUUCCUGUUCUACCAGCAGCAUUAUUGCCAAAAGUUUGGGGUAUGCCUCAGAAUAGUAUUUUUUUGUACAUAGAAUUUGAUGCUAAUGGCAGCUGUACUGUUGGCGGCAGCCGGGCUUUAAGUGAUGGUUAUGUUCAGCGUUUGGUAGGAGCAAUGGAAGUUCUCUUUACUGAACAGAAUGGCAUUCAUCCCUCAUUAGUAGCUGACAGCAAAUUGUUCUUGUUUUCUGACAAUGGAAUCAUUGGUCCUAAAACAGAAGUUGUAAUUGAAAAGACAAAAUUAGCUGUGCAGGAAGGUCGUCUGUAUCGUUGUUUAUUUUGUAAAGCCCUGUGUGAAUUAAGACUGGAACAAAGCUGGUUGACCCCUGGUGGAGCUUUAUAUAAUAUAAUUUUCUAUACUUAUAAAAAGAUGAAUCCAGAUACUGAAUACGAAUUUCCUUUGCAUGGUAUUUCUUGUAAAUAUGAUCCUGUAAAAGAUGAACUUGUACCAAUUAUGAGUCGUACUGGAUUGAAACAAUGCACAUGGUGUGAAAGUGGUUUGCUGCGAAAAGUUACUAGCGAUGGUACCAUGAUAUGUACAGCUGAAGAUAAAUCUGAAUCGGGGAAUAUUGUACCAACACAACCUAAAGGAUUGACUUACCCCGAGCCUGCAAUAAAAGAGGAAGCCCACAAGAUAAAUAUAAAAGUGCAGUGGAAUGACGUUUCUGUUCAAGAUGCUAUCUCAUGGAGAGAAUUUCAAGGUAUAUCGGGUCAAGGAUUACUUGAUUGUAUAUCACGGUUAGCAACCAAUUUCAUACGAAAACAUUUUCCAGGUCAAGAAUAUUGCUCUGAACUGUUAGCUGCUGUAAAGGAACAAAUUCUGAAACAGUUAAGUAAACCUUUAGAUCAUAAAAAUGCUACUGUAUUGGCCUGUUCUGUGGCUGUAAAGAAGGAAGACGAAAGCCAUGUCGUGAAAGAGGAGAAGACAAAAUAUCCCAGAAUUGAGGUGUCUACUUCUUUGAAUGCAGUAGAAUCCAGUUCAGUAGCUUGUCAGCCACAGUAUGUUAAAGUUGUGUCAUCAGAUGGGAAACAAGCAAAUCUCACACUAAGUGAGAAGGGUAUAUCUUAUCAUGAACUUCAAGAAUGGAUCAUGAAAGAGUUUCAUAUUCCUGUAGCAAGUCAGCGAAUAAAAUGGGGCUUUCCACCAAAAGAUCUUCAAGCCUCCUGUGAUACAAAUCAAAUGCUACCUCUUAAACAUGGUGAUAGAUUAAUAGUUGAAAAAAUUAAGAGUAAUGAAGCUACAAAGUCAUUAUCAAGUAGUAUUUAUCAUAGAUGUUUGGAGAAUAACAUUAUUUCUGAGAUUAUUUUAAACAAAAUUCGAAGUGAACUAGAAUGGAAUGCAGCAAAAUCAAAACCAGAGGAAUUCGAAAGAGGAGGUUCCUUUUAUAAGCAAGUUGCUAAAUCAAAUGUCUUGCAUGAAAAAUUGCAUACAUCUAUCAAUUACUUUCCAGACAAGAGAUUUUGCUAUAAUCCUACAAGUGACAGGAUUGAACUGUGUGAAAAACAACUUGGCCACUUCAGCAUUGCAUCUGAUCUGGAAGAAAGAAUUAAGGAAGCAAGGAGAGGUAAACUAGUUGAAGGUUUCAGUAGGUGUCCAUUAAUGAGCAAUCAAAAGGAGCAACAGAAUAAUCCAGUUAUGAGGAGGCCAGCAAUUUCUUCUGUUUUAAGCUCACGAGAAGUGAAAAAACCAUCUCUUGUUCGCAAAGGACCGGGUUUUUCAGUUCUAACUAGUCCAGAAUCUCCUGAUAAGAUGAAUAUUUCAUAGUAUUUUUAUAUUGAGAAAUAUUUAUUUGUAAUAUAUAUAUAUAUACAUAUAUAAAUUUUUCAUUUACUUUUAUGGUUAAUUAAUAACUUGAAAAUUAAUAAAAUGUUUUCCUGAA